AUGACUGCCUCAUACGAACCUCCUUUUGCCCUCGUCACUGGCUGCAACAGUGGCAUCGGCGAGCAGCUUGCUAUUGCCCUCGCCAAGAAUAACUUCACAGUAUUCGCCACAGCCAGGCGCGUUGAGUCUCUCGACAACCUCACAAGACAGCAUGCAAACAUCAUUGCGCUUCCUCUAGAGCUUGGCGAGUCCACGAGUAUCGAAAGGCUCAGAGACUCGGUCACCAAAUACACCGAAGGCCGUCUAGACAUUCUCAUCAAUAAUGCGGGGAUGCACUACGCAACUCCGGCUACUGAUAUUGACGUCAACCAAGUCACGAAGUUAUUCUCAGUCAAUGUAGUAGCUGUCAUGCAGAUGUGUCAGCUCUUCAUCCCGCUUUUGCGAAAGGCUCCUCGGCCGCGCAUUGUUCAAAUUGGAAGCGUCACCCGUGACGUUCCUGUUGUAUGUCAGUCAGUGUACAACGCUUCCAAGGCGGCCCUCAGUCAGUAUACAAAGACUCUUCGCGUGGAGCUGAGACCCUUGUCCAUCGAAGUCCUUGAGGUGGUGACUGGUUAUGUCCGCAGUAACAUCCUCCGAGACGGUGUUCUCAUCUCUAAAAACUCACUAUAUCGACCUAUCAAAAGCACCGUUGAGUCUGUUAAAAACGGAGGAAACAAGAAUGGCAUGCCUGCGGACGAAUAUGCACAUAUCGUCGUACGCCAGAUCCUUGGCAAGAACUACAAGCGAGAGAUAUGGGGAGGCCAUCGAGCCCGCAUAUUGCGCUUCAUGGUGACAUUCUUCCCUGUAUGGCUAAUAUUUUCCUUGUCUGCUGAGUGUGUGGUGUGA